GAUAACUAUGCUAUCGCCAUCGCUGGUGCCAGCUGAUAAUCGUGCGGCAUGAUUAUCUAAACAUUCAUUUGUUUCAGCGAAUCCCAAAAGCUAUUAAAAUGAACUUGAGCACGAGAUUUACGCUGAAUAGAUUAUCGCAGCAGUGUGUCUACAAGCGAAUUGUCACCUUCUCCACCAAAACUGCGGAACAUGUAAUUGAAAAUCAGGAGGAACAGAAAAAAGAGGCUCCGCCUACCACGCCGCCUCCACCAGUGAACCGGAAGCCCAUCAUUCCGGCAAAUUAUCGGUUUGUUUACCCAGAAUUCCUGCCCGAUCCGAAGGUGGAGUGGCGUAACCUCGUUCGCGAAAAACUGGAGCGACUGGACAUGCUGGAUCGUCGCAAACAGAUCGAUCUGCCCGAGUUCUACGUCGGAUCUGUGCUGGCGGUGACUAGUUCCGAUCCUCAUGCUGCAGGGAAAACCAGUCGAUUUGUUGGCAUCUGUAUCAAUAGGGAUCGCUGUGGACUGCGCGCCCGCUUUAUCCUUCGCAACGUGAUCGAUCACCAGGGCAUGGAGGUGGUCUACGAGCUGUAUGAUCCCACCAUCCAGAAGAUCGAGGUGUUGCGGCUAGAGAAGCGACUGGAUGACAGUCUCUUCUACCUACGGGACGCUCUUCCGGAGUACAGUACUUUUGACGAGAACAUGGAGGCGGAACCGCUAGAGGAGGGUGCUCCGGUGCCGGUGAACGACAUUAAGGUGGUGCUCCGUCCGCGACCAUGGCUAGAGCGUUGGGAGCGACAGAAUCUGCGUGGUGUGGCCAACAUCGAUGAGUACCUGAAAGACAAGCAUCGCCUGUCGGCGGCUAAGGUGCAAAAGCCAUGGGAGAAGUACGACAUGAUGAAGGACUACCGCAGCUCGAUUGCCGAGGAGGAACAGACAGAGAUCUUCGCCGAGGUGCACACGGAACUGCACACCAUGGAGCUGCAGCGAAAACGCAACAAGCGCAAGCGCACUUUCAUUAAGCCAAAGCAGCUGGCGUAAUUGCAUUUGUUGUCCAUUUUAUAGAAUAAAAAUUUCAAAAAAA